AUGGCAGCAAGCACCGCAGCAGAAAAGAUCGAACUGAUCACUCGAGGCCUCCAAGAAGUCCUCAAACUCAACAUCAUUGAGGAUGUAAUUAUAAAAGAAAACAGGCCUCUUAAGAUCUACUGGGGAACUGCACCCACCGGGCGCCCUCACUGCGGCUACUUUGUUCCCAUGGUCAAACUCGCCCACUUCCUACAAGCCGGCUGCGAAGUCAAAGUACUCCUCGCCGACAUCCAUGCCUUCCUCGACAACCUCAAAGCGCCGCUGGACCUCGUCGCCCACCGCGCAAAGUACUACGAGUACAUCAUCAAAGCGCUUCUGACGGCGAUCGGUGUUCCCAUCGACAAGCUCGUCUUCGUUCUCGGCUCAUCCUACCAGGUGACGCCAAAGUACAACAUGGACCUAUUGCGCAUGACGACCGUCGUCUCCGAGCACGACGCCAAGAAGGCUGGCGCGGAGGUUGUGAAGCAGGUGGAGAGCCCGCUGCUCAGUGGGCUGAUCUACCCAUUGAUGCAGGCGCUGGAUGAGGAGCAUUUGGAUGUGGAUGCGCAGUUUGGUGGCGUGGACCAGAGGAAGAUCUUUACAUUGGCAGCAGAGCAGCUACCUGGUGUUGGGUUCAAGGUGCGAGCGCAUUUGAUGAAUCCUAUGGUUCCUGGAUUGGCUGGAGGAAAGAUGUCAGCGUCAGACGCAAACUCAAAGAUCGACCUUCUCGACCCGCCAGAUGUCGUCAAGUCUAAGCUGAAGAAGGCUCAGUGCGCGCCCCGUGAGGUUGAAGGCAACGGAGUUUACAGCUUCGUUGAGUACGUCCUCUUCCCCAUCUCAGAGCUCGCCCACCCAGAGGGUAAGGGCAGCUUUGUCGUCAACCGUGACGAGAAAUGGGGCGGCCCUGUCACCUACAACAACACCGAGGAGUUGAAGGCGGACUACCUUGAAGAUAAGCUCUCCCCAAUGGAUCUGAAAAACGGAGUUCAGGAAGCGUUGAACGCCAUCCUAGCGCCGAUCCAAGCUGCGUACCAAGCCGAUGCAGAGUGGCAGAAGAUUGCGGACCUUGCCUACCCAUCUGAGGGCCUCAAGAAGGGAAAGAAGAAGGAGAAGAAGAUUGGCACAGGAUACGUUGCUAAGGACAAAAAGAACGCCACUGUGGCAGAGCAGGUUGCCGAUGGCGUGAUCAAGGCGCAGAAUGCAGUUCCAGAGGCAUUGGGAACUGAUGCUAAGGAUGCGCUGGACAAGUUGAAUCUGAGCGAAGAGACGGGGAAGAAGGAGUAA